UGAGCGUAAUGCAAGAUGGCGACGACUUGAGAAUAUAUCUCAGUCAACUACUUUAUCGACACAGAAGUCUGCCUCUCUUGGGGUUUGUAGGGUGGUUUAAGGCUUGUUCGGGUUAAUAAUAAACUAGUUAAUUAGAUAAGGGUUUUGUAGGCGUCGCUGAACGCCACAAAAUACCAUUUUCACCCUGCUAUCCUCGGGUGACAGCCGUUAGCGAGGUGCUAACAGACAGGAUGGACAGCGGAGAGUACAUCUCCACCAUGGAGAACAUGGACCCCACUUUAGCAGAAUUAGGGGAUGAAUUUACGCUUGGAGACAUCGAUGAGAUGCUCCAGUUCGUCAGCAACCAGGUGGGCGACUUCCCGGACCUGUUUGAGGAUCAGAUGGCCUCAGCAGGAUCUGGACAGACUGCGGGGGCAAACACCGCUCCACGACCUGCCGUUCAAACCCCACAGACCCCCAAAACCCCUCCAACUCCUCCCACUCCGCAGACGCCCUCCCCUGCCGUCUACCAGAGCACCACCGUUGGCCUCGUCCCAUCCCAGACUCUGUCCCCACAGUGUUUACCCCUCACCCCUCCCCUCACUCCAGUGCAGGUCCCCUCCCCCACCUGCGUCCCGUCAGUGCAGGUGCAGGUGACCCGCACCCCCCCACUCCUCCAGCCCCGCCCUCAGGUGGUUCAGCCCAUCCAGCCUCAGCCCCAACAGACAGCGCAGCCGACCAUCCAGAUGCACACCCAGGGGAUCCCCAUGCAGGCCCAGAGCUUCCCGGUCCACACGCUGGUGCAGACCCACAGUCAGACGCCGCUGCCCAUCCAGACCCAGGCGGCCCAAACUGUGAUGAUCGCCUCCAACGGCGGACAGCAGCGCUUCAUCCAGAGCCCCGUCAUCUGCCACCAGAACCACAAUACUGGUUUCCAAGUCCUCCAACCACAGAUGCAGAGCAUAAUGACAUCACCACAGCUCCAACCAAUGACCAUACAGCACCAGCGUGUCCUGACCCCCACCUGUCAGACCAUCCAGACCCUCUCCAGUGCGCCCACCACCAUGCACGCCAUGCAGCAGCAGAUGCAGCAAUUACCUGUUCUGGUGCAGCAGCCUCAGAUUCUGAAGACAGACUCUCUGGUUCUGACCACGCUGAAAUCAGACGGCACGCAGGUUUUGUCGACCAUGCAGAGCCCCGGGAUCACCACCCUGACCACACCCAUCCAGCAAGUCCCGACGCUGAUGAGCAGCAACAUCCUGACCACCGUCCCCGUCAUGAUGGGCGGAGGAGACAAGCUGCCAAUCAAGCAGCUGCAGCCAGGCUCCGCCCACAGCAACAACGGCGCCCGAACGAUGAUGGACCAGAGCCAGAUGAUGGGGGGAGUGAUCGGCCCGGGGGGAGUGGUGAAGGAGGGCGAGAGGAGGACGACGCACAACAUCAUCGAGAAGAGGUACCGCUCCUCCAUCAACGACAAGAUCCUGGAGCUCAGGGACCUCGUCAUGGGGAACGACGCCAAGAUGCAUAAAUCAGGAGUUCUGAAGAAGGCCAUCGACUACAUCAAAUACCUGCAGCAGUCCAACCAGAAGCUGCGGCAGGAGAACAUGGCGCUGAAGAUGGGCAACCAGAAGAACAAAACAGUGAUUCGCUCUGAAGACGUCGAGAUGAAGGAGGAGAUCGUGAUGAUGUCUCCUCCAGCCUCGGACUCUGGUUCUGGUUCUCCUCCCCAGUUCUCCCCUUACUGUGUGGAUUCAGAGCCCGGCAGCCCCCUGCUGGACCACGACCAGUUGAAGAGUGAGCCUGACUCUCCCUCCUCCGUCGGAGUGAUGGACGGUUCUCGUCUCCUCCUCUGCGCUCUCACCUUCUUCUGCCUCUCCCUGAACCCUCUGCCCUCCAUGUUGGGCUCCGAAGCCUCUGGGAGCCCCGCCCUGUCUGUGGGCCACGGGCCGUCCAGAACGCUGGUCUGGUGGUUCCCGAGUCACACGCAGGACUUUGGAUCCUGGCUGCGCUGCCUGUUGCCAUGGGUGAUGGUGUGGGUGCUGAGUGGGGUGGGGGCGGUGUGGGGGUGUGUGAGGGUGCUCUAUCUGUGGGAGCCUGUCACACCGCUGCACUCCCCAAAAUCUGUGUCCUUCUGGAGGCAUCGCAAACAAGCCGACCUGCAUCUCAAGAGGGGCGACUACACGGCAGCAAUGGGGAGUUUAGAAACCUGCCUGUCCGUGUUGACCCGAGCUCUUCCCUCUUCCAACCUGGACCUGGUCUGCUCGCUGAGCUGGAACCUGGUCCGCUACGUCCUGCACCGCCCGACUCCUCUGGGUUGGCUGGUUCACCAGGUCGGGGGGAAGCAUGAGGUGGAGGAGGCGAGGACCAGUGCGAAGGACGCAGCGCUGGUUUACCACCAGCUGAGUCAGCUGCAACUCACAGGGAAGCUGCCUCAGCGCAGCAGCCUCUGGGCUCUGUCCGUGUCUCUGAGCGCCGUCAACCUCAGCGAGAGCGCCCAGAGCAAGAUGGCCCCCGCCCAGCUCACCCAGAUCUACGUCACCGCAGCAACUGCUCUGCGCACCAUCCUGGGCCACCACCUCUCCUUUCUGCCUGGUUAUCUCUUGAGUUGUGCAGAGAGCGUGGCCAACCAAUCAGAGGCCAAGUCGAUCCCUGACUGCCUGCGCUGGCUCUUCACGCCGCUGGGGAGGCAGUUCUUCCUGAGCUGUGAUUGGUCGGUGAAGUCGGAAAGCAGCGACGGGGUGUACACCUCUCAGAGAGACCCGGCUGACCCCAUCGCCCAGCUGCACCGCUGUUUCUGCAGGAAGCUUCUGGAGAGAGCCGUUCACACCCUGAUCCAGCCGCAGAGCGACUCUGAAGCGGGCAAACGCAACAACGGCUCAGGGGAGUUCUCCAGUGCCCUUGAGUUCCUGCAGUUGUUGAACAGCUGCACAGAGGACUCUCCCUCCCCUCCUCCCCCCUUCUCGACUCCUCCCAAUCACACCACCACUCCAGUUGGAGACCCGGUGAGCCGCUGGUGGGCGUUGGUCCUGAAGGCCGCUGUCCAUUGGCUGCAGGGCGACGAUGUGUCGGUGAGGUCACUGCUGGCAGAAGCAGAGCGGAUGCCCAGGGCUCUACACACUCUGGACCACCCUGUGCCUAAGUCCGUGCUGCUGCUCUGUAAGGCCGUUCAGAUGAGUCUCUCUCCUCUGAAGGGCGAGGGAGCCAUCACCUGCUUGUCCCACUGCGACAGAGCCAGCAGCUUCCUGCGCUCCAGCAUCUCCGUUCCCCUCGCUCAGACCGGGAACUAUCUCAACAAGGGCGUGGAGCUCCUGAUCUGUGACCUCCUGCUGACCUUGAGGACCAGUGUGUGGCAGCGGGGGGGCAGCAGCAACGGAGAGCCCGGUCUGGCCCCGGGGUCCCAGCUGUCCGGUUUCCAGAAGGACCUCAGCGCGCUCCGCAAGCUCACGCAGUGCUACAGACAGGCGCAGCACAAGGUGUUUCUCCAUGAGACCACAGUGAGGCUGAUGGCAGGAGCGAGUCCCACCAGGACCCACCAGCUGCUGGAGCACAACCUCCGCCGCAGGACUCCCAACUCGCUGACAGCCGAGGGUGUCCUGGGUGAGAGAGAGAGAGCCCACGCCAUCCUGCUGGCCUGCCGUCACCUCCCCAUGCCGCUGCUGACUCCCCCCGGGCACCGCGCCCGCCUGCUGGCCGAGGCCAAGCGCACCCUGGAGCGGGUGGGAGACCGGCGCUCCCUGCAGGACUGUCAGCAGAUCCUGCUGCGCCUCAGCGGGGGUACCACCAUCGCUGCCUCCUAAACACAGACACACACACACACACACAAACACACACACACACACACACACACACACACACACACACGCAUACAUUAGGGCUACUUAAAAUACAAUUAAGUGAUAUGCGUUCAUGCAUACAAUGGUAAAACCAGGCUACUCUUCCAGAACGACAUGCCAUUCUAUAACUGUCACUCAUUUCUCUAAUCAAGGACUAUUUUAUACACACACACACAUUAGAGUAGUUCAUAAUACGAUAACCUGUCAUUAGCGUUCAUCGUACAAAGAUAAAGCCCACGGUCUUCUCACAUAAACAACAUGUCAUUCUAUAACAUUCACUCAUUCACUCUCAAGGAUUUUUCUCUAUCCAUCACACACACACACACAAACACACACUGCAUCCACACCCAGCUGCAACACUUACUGCUCCACAAGGUCUCAUUUCGAUGCUUAGUUUUACAGUAAUGCCGCCACCUUCUGGUCACUAAAGGCACCACCACGUUGGCUCAUUCCUAACGAGGCUGAGGAGAAUCAGGUGAAGGAGGACCCCAGAGGUUAAAAAAAAGGGACCGUUAUCUAAUCGCUGUUUUUAUGCAAUGUAGCGGCGGUGCGUCGAUUAGCUGUAGGACACCACGCCGCACAAUCAUUGUGCUACGGCAACUAGGAGUGAAGGCAUGUAGGUCGCUUGCUUCUUAACAAUACAGUGCUGAGUAGUGUCUCUUCCUAUCUACCUCAUACAAUGCCAGCACUGUACAGUGGACAGAGUAGGACACCAGGUAUGAAUUCAGUUACUAUUUUAAUGCUUCAAUCCGAUGCAGCUUCAUUGUUCCAAGACGCAGCAGCAGCAGCAGGCAGCACUUUAGGAAUCUGACUUGCCAUGGCAGAAGCUGCAAGACUGCUGACCUCACUGUCACACAGGAAAGGAAACAGGAAGAAUAAUUGGAUUUGCAGACGUGGAAAUUUUUAAUUCCUACCCACACCCAUACCCACACACACACACACAUUUUAGCAGUUGCAUAUAUGUUAAAUUAAGUGCAUACACAAUGUGAUUGUAUAUAGGUUGUAAAUAAGCAGAUAAGGAGGAAGAAGAAGAAGAAGAAGUAGAUUAAACAGGAAGUUGUUACUUCUGCUUGAGAGGAGACGCACAUCGAAAAGAAAGGGCAGAGAAAUGUCGAAUUUGGCUCAGAAUUUAUUUCCUCUGUCUGACAGAAGAUACUCCAACCAAGACGUCUUUUUAUUAUCAAACACUCGACUGCUGCAGCCUUGAAAUAAACGGAGCAGAAUCCGGGCCUAAAGUUUUUAUCAAAUAAAUCAUUUAAAAGUCAAAUAAAUGUGAGAUUUUUUUCCAGACUUGAACUUUCAAAGGAAUACCAUUUUUUCCAACGAUCAAAACUCUUGGCCCAGAUGUGUCUCCAUAGUAAUGUGGCUUCAAAGAUGCUUUUUGUUCCACAGAAAAGGCCCCCCUUGGACCUACAGGCGGUACAGAGUGUCUGAUACUGAAAAGACGUUGUGUCGCUUUAAGAAAUGUCCGAGCUGGAAUGAUCUGAACACUGAUAAAAGUGAGGAAGGGGUUUUCUGUGAAGUGAUGUAACGCUCUCAAGCUCAAUGGCCUUGACGUAAAGAAUUACUUCAAUAUGUUUCAUCACGUUCCCGUAUGAUGGAGGAAAUCUUUGUCCAGUUUGCUUCUUUUUUUAUUGUAAUUGGUGAUGAGACAUUCCUGUUUCUGUGCUCUGUUGUUUUUAUUUUCUUAUUUAAUGUAAGAUUAUCAUAAAUGCUUUUUUUCCGGGGCGAGGGAAGGGAGCUUUUGUCUGUUUAGUUUCCAUAAAAGCAGCCUCGGGUCAGAAGGAAACUCAAAAUGGGAAGCAUUUUAUUGAAACACGCUAGAAAACAAUUGAUAUUUUAGACCCCACUCUUUGUUUUAAUUUUAAAUGCAGGAAUGUUUGCUAUUAGAAACGCCCAGGAUUCUGUCUUCCAGUAUACCCAAGAUAUAAAGUAGCACCCUAAGGACUCAUGAAACAUACUUUUUAAGAGUUUGGAUUAUGUAUUUUGGCAGGAAAAAGUAUGCAAAGAAGAACGCAUCGCUCAGCUAUUAUUAUAAAUAUGUUACAAUUGUUUUAUUUCUUUGUCUUUCCCCUUUAUAUGUUUUACCGUCUUAAUUCCUGUGUUCAUUUUGAUGUUUGUUUUGUAAUAAAACAACACAACAGUGA